AUGUCGGGUUACCCACAGGGCCAUUACGACGAAGGUUACGCCCACCAUGGGGUUACCGAACACCAUGGGGGUACCGACUCAUACUACCAAGACGAUCAUACUCAAGGAUACUAUGACAAUCAAGAGUAUGCACAUGGUGGUGGAAAUGGCGGGUACUACGACGAAGCUGGGUACUAUAAUGCUGACGCCAGCAACCCGUACCAACAAGAGGGUGGCUACUAUGACGCUCAGCAACCUGGUUAUCAAGAUGACUAUUACAAUGAUCAGUAUUAUGAUCAAGGUACUCCUGCUGCCGGUCAGCAUGGGUACGGCCAAGGCGGAAGGCCUCGACGCCGUGGUCACGAUUCUGAAGAAGAUUCCGAAACCUUUAGUGAUUUCACUAUGAGGUCCGACAUGGCGCGAGCGGCCGAGAUGGAUUAUUAUGGUCGUGGCGAUGAACGUCACAAUAGCUAUGGCGAUGGCCAAGGUCGGGGAUACCGGCCUCCCUCUUCUCAGAUUUCGUACGGGGGCAACCGAUCAUCUGGCGCCUCGACCCCCAUAUACGGUAUGGAUUACCAGAACGCGCUGCCAGCCGGGCAGAGAUCUCGCGAACCUUAUCCUGCCUGGACGAACGAAGCUCAAAUUCCCGUGUCGAAAGAAGAAAUCGAAGAUAUAUUUCUUGACCUCACAGCUAAGUUCGGCUUUCAACGUGAUAGCAUGCGAAAUCAAUAUGACCAUGUAAUGACCCUCCUCGACUCGAGAGCAUCUCGUAUGACUCCUAAUCAAGCCCUUCUGUCGCUUCAUGCAGACUAUGUUGGGGGCGAAAACGCGAAUUACCGCCGAUGGUAUUUUGCCGCCCACCUCGACUUGGAUGAUGCUGUCGGCUUUGCCAACAUGAAGCUUGGCAAAGCCAACCGUCGGACACGUAAAGCUCGGAGGGCCGCCAAGAAGAAAGCCGAGCAAGAACCCAAAGGCGAGGACGAGACACUUGAGAGUCUUGAAGGCGACAACAGUCUGGAGGCUGCCGAAUAUCGAUGGAAGACUCGCAUGAACCGCAUGUCUCAACAUGACAGAGUACGCCAGCUGGCACUGUACUUGCUUUGCUGGGGUGAAGCCAACCAAGUUCGGUUUAUGCCCGAGUGCUUGUGCUUCAUUUACAAAUGUGCGCUUGAUUAUCUAGCCACCCCUGAGUGCCAGAAUCGUGUUGAGCCGAUCGACGAAUUUACGUAUCUCAACAAUGUCAUUACGCCGCUCUACCAGUACUGUCGCGAUCAAGGCUAUGAAAUCGAAGACGGGAAGUACGUGCGGAGAGAGAGAGACCAUAGCAGCGUGAUUGGUUACGACGAUAUCAAUCAGCUCUUCUGGUAUCCAGAGGGAAUUGAGCGCAUCGUCAUGGAAGACAAAUCGAGGAUAGUCGAUUUGCCUCCAGGGAGCGUUACAACAAGCUGGGACAAGUCGCCUGGAAGAAGGUCUUGGUUUCACAUGCUGGUCAAUUUCAACCGUAUCUGGGUCAUUCACUUGACAAUCUUCUGGUUUUACACUGCGUUCAACUCUCCAACUUUCUACACCAAGCACUAUCAACAGCAGCUUGGUACCAAACCGAAGCCAGCUGCAACUUGGUCUGCCGUUGGACUUGGAGGGACAGUUGCCUCUCUGCUGAUGAUCAUUGCGUCUUGCGUUGAAUGGGCUUAUGUGCCGCGGAAAUGGGCUGGUGCACAGCAUUUGACUCGACGACUUUUCUUCUUACUCGGUGUGUUUGUCAUCAACAUUGCUCCGAGCGUCUACAUAUUUGGUAUCAGUCAAACUACCAUCAUCGCAAAGGUCCUGGGGAUAGUCCAAUUCUUCGUCGCAUUGGCUACCUUCUUCUUCUUCGCAAUCAUGCCGCUUGGUGGUUUAUUUGGUAGCUACAUGAAGAAGAAUUCUCGUCAAUACGUGGCGAGCCAGACUUUCACUGCAAGUUGGCCUCGUCUUGCUGGCAAUGAUAUGUGGAUGUCAUAUGGCCUCUGGGUCCUGGUCUUCGCCGCUAAGCUUUCCGAAUCCUAUUUCUUCCUGACGCUGUCCUUCCGUGAUCCUAUUCGGAUUCUCUCGACUAUGAAGAUCAAGCAGUGUGCGGGUGAUAAGAUCCUUGGCAAUGUUCUCUGCAAGCAGCAGCCUAAAAUCCUUCUUGGUCUGAUGUUUGUGACCGAUAUCUGCCUCUUCUUCCUGGAUUCCUAUCUGUGGUAUAUCAUCUGGAACUGUGUCUUUUCAGUGGCGCGUUCCUUCUAUCUUGGUGUGUCGAUCUGGACACCAUGGAGGAACAUAUUCUCCCGCCUGCCAAAACGUGUUUACUCGAAGAUUCUUGCAACAACGGACAUGGAAAUAAAAUACAAGCCGAAAGUUCUCAUUUCCCAAAUUUGGAACGCCAUCGUCAUCUCCAUGUAUCGAGAGCACCUCUUGGCCAUAGACCACGUCCAGAAGCUUUUGUAUCAUCAGGUCCCCUCGGAACAAGAGGGUAAGCGGACGCUGCGUGCUCCAACAUUCUUUGUCUCACAGGAAGAUCACUCCUUUAAGACAGAAUUCUUCCCAGCGCAAAGCGAGGCUGAACGUCGUAUCUCCUUCUUCGCACAAUCGCUCUCGACACCUAUUCCCGAGCCGCUCCCGGUCGACAACAUGCCAACUUUUACCGUCUUGAUUCCUCAUUACGGAGAGAAGAUUCUCCUGUCUCUACGUGAAAUCAUACGCGAAGAUGAACCAUAUUCUAGGGUCACUCUCCUCGAGUAUCUCAAGCAACUGCACCCUCACGAGUGGGAUUGCUUUGUGAAGGAUACGAAAAUUCUCGCCGACGAAACCUCACAGUUCAAUGGAGAAUAUGAGAAGAAUGAGAAAGACACCGCGAAAAGUAAAAUUGACGAUCUUCCUUUCUACUGCAUCGGAUUUAAAUCAGCUGCUCCGGAAUACACUCUUCGUACUAGAAUUUGGGCGUCUUUGCGAUCUCAAACGCUUUACCGGACCAUUUCAGGCUUCAUGAACUACAGCCGUGCUAUCAAAUUGCUCUAUCGAGUUGAGAAUCCCGAGGUCGUCCAGAUGUUCGGUGGCAAUUCUGAUAAGUUAGAGAGAGAACUAGAACGAAUGGCUCGUCGAAAAUUCAAGAUCGUUGUCUCCAUGCAAAGAUAUGCCAAAUUCAACAAAGAAGAGCGAGAAAACACGGAAUUCCUCUUACGUGCUUACCCAGACUUGCAGAUUGCAUACCUUGAUGAAGAGCCGCCGCUGAACGAAGGCGAGGAACCUCGCCUGUAUUCUGCACUUAUUGACGGGCACUCUGAAUUAAUGGACAACGGCAUGCGUCGACCAAAAUUUAGAAUCCAACUGUCUGGCAAUCCUAUCCUAGGCGAUGGUAAAUCUGAUAACCAGAAUCAUGCCAUCAUCUUCUAUCGUGGCGAAUAUAUCCAGCUUAUUGAUGCCAACCAAGACAACUAUCUUGAAGAGUGCCUCAAAAUCCGAAGUGUACUGGCGGAGUUCGAGGAGAUGACAACGGACAACGUUUCUCCAUAUACACCUGGGUUACCAAAGAGUGAGACAACGCCUGUUGCUAUCCUCGGUGCUCGUGAGUAUAUCUUUUCUGAAAACAUUGGUAUUCUUGGAGACGUUGCCGCUGGUAAGGAACAGACCUUCGGCACUUUAUUCUCACGUACGCUGGCUCAGAUUGGCGGCAAAUUGCAUUACGGACAUCCGGAUUUCCUCAACGGCAUUUUCAUGACUACUCGGGGCGGUGUAUCAAAGGCACAGAAAGGCUUGCACCUGAACGAGGACAUCUAUGCCGGCAUGAACGCCCUCCUACGUGGUGGACGCAUCAAGCAUUGCGAGUAUUACCAGUGCGGCAAAGGCCGAGAUCUUGGUUUUGGCUCAAUAUUGAACUUUACAACCAAGAUUGGCACCGGCAUGGGGGAACAAAUGCUGUCCCGGGAAUACUACUAUCUCGGCACCCAAUUGCCUCUCGAUCGCUUCUUGUCCUUCUACUAUGCCCAUCCUGGUUUCCACAUCAACAAUCUUUUCAUCGUCUUCUCGGUACAGAUGUUCAUGAUUUGUCUCAUCAACCUUGGCGCCCUUCGUCAUGAGACGAUUAUCUGUCACUACGAUAAGAACAAGCCUCCAACCGACCCCAUUUUCCCGAAUGGAUGCGCCAACAUUGUUCCGAUUCUCGAUUGGGUCUUCCGCUGCGUGGUCUCUAUCUUCAUCGUGUUCUUCAUUUCCUUCAUUCCCUUGGUUGUGCAAGAAUUGACCGAAAGAGGGUUCUGGAGAGCAGCUACCCGUCUGGCCAAGCAUUUCGCCUCACUCUCACCUGUCUUCGAAGUGUUCGUUUGUCAAAUCUACGCCAACUCGCUCAGCCAGAAUCUGUCCUUUGGUGGUGCUCGCUACAUUGGAACGGGGCGCGGCUUCGCAACUGCCCGCAUACCAUUCGGAGUGCUCUAUUCUAGGUUUGCUGGACCCUCAAUUUACGUCGGGUCACGCAUGCUCAUGAUGCUGCUCUUUGCGACACUUACAAUCUGGGGAAUUGAAUUGGUCUAUUUCUGGGUCUCACUCUUGGCAUUUUGUGUCUCACCCUUCCUUUUCAACCCGCAUCAAUUUGCCUGGAACGACUUUUUCAUCGACUACCGAGACUUCCUGAGAUGGCUUUCUCGUGGUAACUCGAGAUCUCAUAAUUCCUCUUGGAUCGCUUUCUGCAGGCUUUCUAGAACUCGAAUAACUGGCUACAAGCGUAAGAUUCUGGGAGAGCCAUCAUCCAAGCUCUCAGGCGACAUCCCUCGAGCUCAUUUCACCAACAUAUUUGUGAGUGAAAUAAUCGGCCCUCUUCUCUUUGUAGCUGUAACGCUGGUACCAUACCUCUUCAUCAAUGCUCAAACAGGUGUGAAGAGAGCCACCGCGACCAACGCGCUCAUUCGCCUAGCGGUCGUUGCCUUUGCACCCAUUGGUAUCAAUGCUGGCGUUCUGGCAGGGCUCUUUGGCAUGGCCUGCUGUAUGGGCCCCCUUCUUAGCAUGUGCUGCAAAAAGUUCGGAUCUGUACUAGCCGCAAUUGCUCAUGGAGUCGCCGUUAUUAUGCUUCUCGCAUUCUUUGAAGUCAUGUUCUUCCUAGAGGGCUGGGUUUUCGCGAAAGCGUUGUUGGGCAUGAUCGCUGUCGUGGCUAUCCAACGUUUCAUCUAUAAGUUGAUCAUCGCUCUGGCUCUAACUCGCGAGUUCAAGUCGGACUCAGCCAACAUUGCUUGGUGGACCGGUAAAUGGUACGCCAUGGGAUGGCACUCGAUUUCCCAACCGGGACGAGAGUUUCUCUGCAAGAUUACGGAGCUUGGACUGUUCGCCGCAGAUUUUGUACUGGGACAUUUCCUCAUGUUCUUCAUGCUUCCGGUGAUUGCCAUACCCUAUAUCGACAAGUUUCACUCUGUCAUGUUGUUCUGGCUCAGACCAAGCCGCCAAAUUCGGCCUCCAAUCUAUUCGCUCAAGCAGUCGAAGCUGAGAAAACGAAGGGUAAUCCGCUUCGCCAUGCUAUAUUUCAUCAUGUUUGUGAUCUUCCUAUUGUUGAUCGCUGGACCUGCUAUCGCUAGUAAGUUCAUCAAAGGCCUGCCUAGUAUACCGAUGAACCUCCUGCAACCUACUGGCAAGAGCAACAAUGAUACCACCAGCGAGACUACGGGACCAAAUCUUAUUGCAGGUGGAGCCGGUGCUACGGGCGGCGGUAAGGCAGCCGCAACAACAGGCUAA